GAGAAACAAACCUACAAUAUACUUCCGGGUUCUGUACGUGGCCAUGAGGUGCUCGCUGGGUGGCUCUGUUAGCCUCCCCGCUCUCGCUCUGGUUCUUUCGAUCCUCGCAAGCUCAUGCCUCGCGUCUUUGGGUGACCGACUUCCUGAUUUUCGCGAAUGUGUACAAGUCUGUAUAGAGGAAAAUUGUGAUUCAGGGCGAGCAAGCAUACCUCUUCAUCUGCGACUUCUGCUCUGGGAUUGUCCAUCCGAAUGCGACUAUACCUGCCAGCAUGUCAUCACCGAUCGACGAAAGGCACGAGAUCCGCCCAUGAUCGAGCCGGUGGUCCAGUAUCAUGGAAAGUGGCCAUUCUACCGUUUCAUGGGCAUCCAGGAGCCGUUCUCUGUGUUGUUCUCGUUGAUGAACUUCCUCGCCCAUCGCAAUGGCAUGCAGAGAAUUCGCGAGUCUAUUCCCGCUCGCUACAUUCUCCGACCAUACUACUUGGCUUUUGGCUACUUUGGGCUUGCCAGUUGGAUAUUCAGCAUGCUUUUCCACACCCGAGACUUCAACAUCACUGAGAAGUUGGACUAUUUCGCCGCUGGCGCCAGCGUCCUCUAUGGACUCUAUUACUCCCCAGUCCGGGUGUUCCGUCUGGAUCAGAACGACCCAACAAAGCAAAGCAUCCUGCGGGCAUGGACAGUGCUUUGCAUCCUCCUCUAUGUCGCGCACGUUACCUAUUUGACGGCUUGGAGCUGGGACUAUACCUAUAACAUGGCAGCCAAUGUCGUCGUGGGAGUCAUCCAAAAUCUCCUCUGGAGCUGGUUUAGCAUCACGCGAUACCGCAAGCUGCAGAAAACGUGGGCAGCAUGGCCUGGGUUGAUCGUGGCUUGGAUCAUCAUGGCCAUGAGCUUGGAGCUGUUUGACUUUCCGCCGAUGGCUGGAAUGAUAGACGCACACAGUCUUUGGCAUCUUGGGACCGUGAUACCUACUAUCUGGUGGUAUAGCUUUCUGAUCAAAGAUGCCCAAGAAGACCUCGCCAGCCAACGGCUCAAAGCAUGAGCCUGCACCUAUGCUUCAGGUUGUCUAGCAGUUGUCGCCAAUGCCAAAAGCCUCCCACCGCUGGUUAGCGUAGCGACCAACAGCUAGGAGCCGGAAUUCAAGAUUCAAGACUCGAGAAGCCGAACCCGAAGGUCCCAUUACUAGAGUACUUCGUUACCCCCCGAGGCCCCUAACCCCACCAGUCGGGGCCUUUUAACGCGAGCGGGAGGGGUUGGAGGGGUCACGGGAAUGGGCUCCCUUCUGGCUUUUAGGGCUUCUGUGACGUGACCGGGUACAACGGUCCAUGAUUGUUAAGGAUUCCCCCACGUCCUUUGGGCGCUGCCGGCGCCUCUGCCGCCUGGUGCGCCUGGAUCAACCACACCUAUUGGUCCCAAGCACACCGAGGGGGUCACUAGUCAGGCACGCGGGGAGUAACUUCUCAUCUCGUGGCCCCUGUGGCUCGGCGCGGAUGGUGGGCUACCAGGCUCUUAGCAUGCCUCAGCCUACCAGCCUAGUUAGCGAAUGCACAAACCGUCUUUUGGAG